GCACGUCCCCAUCGGAGGCGACGCGCGCUCCGCCUCAGGAGGGCCGCCUGCAAAUUAACGCAAAAUCCUCCACAAACGGAAUAGAAUUCAACAUGCAGCAGCCGUCGGAGCACGACAUGGGGGAGCAGAGCGGGCGAACGGACCUGCCAAAUGGGCUGCACCGCUGCCGCAGUCACCGCCUGCCGAGCGUCAGCUUGGAGGACGCGGCGGCGGCGGCGACGGCGGCGGCGACCGCCGGGAGCAGCACCGACGAUGCGGGCGCGGCGCGGGAGGCUCCGGGAUCCCCUCUCGCCUCGCCGCGCUCCCCCCUCGCCUCGCCCUGCUCGCCCAGCAAGAUCCCGCGCUGCUGCGCCGCCACGCGCAAGCGCCUCGACUCGCUGCGCCGUGGGAGGCCGCCGUUCCCCUGGUUUGGCCUGGACAUUGGUGGCACGCUUGUCAAGCUGGUGUACUUUGAGCCGAAGGACAUCACGGCCGAGGAGGAAGAGGAGGAGGUGGAGAGCCUGAAGAGUAUCCGGCACUACCUGACAUCGCACGUUGCCUACGGCCAGACGGGCGUACGCGACGUGCAUCUGGAGUUGCAUGGCCUUACCAUGUGCGGCCGGACGGGUAGCCUGCACUUCAUCCGUUUCCCAACGGUUGACAUGCCGGCCUUCCUGGCCAUGGGUCGGGACAAGCACUUCUCCAGCCUGCACACCGCACUCUGCGCCACGGGAGGGGGCGCCUACAAGUUUGAGCUUGACUUCCGCACGAUGGCCGAGCUGCAGCUGCGCAAGCUGGACGAGCUCGACUGCCUCAUCCAGGGCGUGCACUACAUCGACUCGGUGGGCUUCAAUGGCGUAGCCGAGUGCUACUACUUCUCAAACCCCACGGAGCGCGAGCGCUGCCAAAAGACCCCCUUUGUGCUGGGGGACCUGUACCCCCUGCUGCUCGUGAACAUCGGCUCGGGCGUCAGCAUCCUGGCCGUGCAUUCGCCCAACAAUUACAAGCGCGUCACCGGCACGAGCCUGGGAGGCGGCACGUUCCUGGGGCUCAGCUGCCUGCUGACGGGGUGCAAAACGUUUGAGGAGGCACUGUCCCUUGCCGAGAGAGGGGACAGCACCAACGUGGACAAGCUCGUGCGAGACAUCUAUGGAGGCGACUACGGUCGCUUUGGCCUUCCCGGCUCUACUGUAGCUUCCAGCUUCGGGAACAUGAUGUGCAAGGAGAGGAGGGAGGCGGUGAGCCGGGAGGACCUGGCCAGGGCCACUCUCGUCACCAUCACCAACAACAUCGGCUCUAUCGCACGCAUGUGCGCCCUCAACGAGAAAAUCGAUCGGGUGGUGUUUGUCGGAAACUUCCUGCGAGUGAACACGCUGUCCAUGAAGCUCCUGGCCUAUGCCAUGGACUACUGGUCCAAGGGCCAGCUCAAAGCACUGUUCCUGGAGCAUGAGGGAUAUUUUGGUGCUGUGGGAGCUCUACUCGAACUACUGAAAUCCAACUAAGAUUGUUCAGAUUGGGCCGUUGAAGGCACAGGUAAACCCAUGCAUGUGGAUCGAUCACAAUUCAAGAAACUGCACUAAUUAUUAUUUCUGCUCAAACAGUUCAACAUCAGUGAGCACCUGUGCCAUACGUUUACAUUUUCUAAGCUGUGAAAAUAUUGUACCCAUAGCAAAUUAAUAGCUGCCCUGAGUGUGCGAACCAUAGGUGUAAAUCAUCAAGAUUGGUUUCUGGUAUGUGUAUGUCACGUAAGUGCCACUCGUUUAAAUAUUUUCAUAGCUCUCGGUCGCUAAGAACAACUGUUUGGUUGGGUGAAAAUGCAUUAAAGUUUGAAUGGAGGUUAUCCAGAAGUUGCUGGCAUGACCACCUCCAAGCCUCUGGAUUGUGCCCCACCUAAUGAAUACCUCUUCUGUAAAGGAACACCAUUCUACCAACACGUAAUACCGGUCUUCUGGGUGUUUCCCUUUCUAUGAACCUCGAUGCAGAAGUGUAGUGUAACAGUUAAGCGUUGUACAGAAACAAAACUCUUUUAUGUACAGCAUACUCUUACAGGCAAUUAUUUGCAAUGCAUCGUCAUUCAUAAAAAAAAAAUGUAAUGUGCUUCUAAAAAUGUAAAACAUACCCAUGAUAUAUUUUCCUGUUUAUUCCAAUGUUCUAACAAUUUGUGUUUAUAUAUGUAUUUAAAGCUACGUAGAAUGUGUUGUUGUUGUUGCUGUUGCAGUGUUGUCAUUGUCUAUACAUUCAUAUUGUGAUUUCACACUUACAUUGGACCCCAAAUUAGCCACUGUCCAGAAAUGAAUCAGCCAAUGAUCAAUAUAUGUUUUUGAUCGCUGAACACAUUUUGCAUCAUUUUGUAAGACAAGUCUCUUUGCUGGAGACUCUUAGAGCACUGCAUGUACUUUAUUUGGUUUACCUUAAGGGAAACAUUCAGGAGUUCAGUGUUUCUACAGCGAUAUGAAAUACCUAUACACUCCCUGUAAGACACGUGCACCACCAAAUGGUAAAUGCAACUUUAGAUGGGAUUGAAUUUAGAUGUUUUAGACAUCCACAUUUGUUACAGCUGUAAAUGUCUUUGAAAUGUAUUAAUUAAUAUCAGUUCUCAAUAAUUUGAUCAUUUCUGUGGGGACCAUAUUGGAGACUUUGAGAACAGUUUGCUAUACUGAUGUCUAAUAUGGUUAAUUGCAUGCUUUGUAUUUAAACCUUAAAGGUAAAAAAAAUGUUAUUUUAUCAACCCACAUGUUGCCUUUUUAUUUAGUUUAGUCAGAUUAACUGUAAACAAAACAACUCAAUAUCUUUUAAAAUAGCAAAGUAAUGUAAUAAUGUUCAUGCUGUAUAUGAUUAAUGUUACAAGGCAGUGUGUGUGUGUCCUUUGAAAUCCUGUAUUUUAGAUUUCCAUUGUGUGCAGCGUUGUCAAAUUCAAUGGAUGUGUAAUUUAGGUAUUAUGUUAACUAAAAAUAAAUUAAUGCAACCGGGUUGGCCUCUGCUUCUUCUG